AUGUCCCUCAUCUCUAUUCCUGUCGAUGAGCAAGAUCAAUUCGAAAAUGUUUCCCUCCAGCUGGACAAGCUCUCAACGCUCUUACUAACAGCUAAUAAAAAAGGAGUAAAUUAUCCUAUUCUGGACUCUAUUGAACGGAUCUUUCAGCUAUCUAUUGAAAAUGAACCAACCUAUGGCGUGGAGGCCAACAUUGCCAUGACAAAAUUGUCCAAGAUCUCUAUAAACUGGCUCGUAUCGAAUCUGAGUCGUGCCGAUUCUGAUGAAGAUCUGGAACGUUUGGGAUCCAUGAUCUCGAAUCUGACUGGACGUGGUGGGAGAGGAGCCAUAACGAGAGAAUGGAAGUUUAAAGGAUUCUCACUACAAAUACGAGAGCCUUCGUUUGUGGAUGCAUCUAUAGGUCACCAGACAUGGGGCUCUGAGACAUUGCUCUGUAAUUUAAUUCAAGAUCAAACUAUAGACGUUGCUGGACACUCUGUGCUGGAAUUAGGCUGUGGUACCGCAAUAGCUGGUCUGGUAUCGGCUUGUGUGGGAGCUUCCAAGGUCUUGCUCACUGAUUACCAUGAGGGCGUACUAGAGAAUUGUGAACGAAACAUACUACUCAAUGAAAUCGACAACGUCAGUGUUAUGAAACUAGAUUGGACAUCACCACCACUGGAUUUUGUAGAGACAUUUGACGUUGUGAUUGUCGGUGAUUGUAUAUACGAUCUAGAACCCGCUCUCUUGGUGCCAGCAAUAGCCAAGCCAUACUUGAAAUCCGAUGGUGUCUUUUACGUAGUCUUGCCUAUGAGGCUGUCGUUUAGUAAGGAAAUAGCAGCAUUUGAGGAUGCCAUGACAGUGAACGCGUGGAAGCUUGUCGAAUCAAGAGCGAUGAGUCGUGAGGGUGACGAAUUAAGUUAUAAAUAUUAUAAAUUCAUACUGUAA